UCCUUUCGCGUGUUUACAUGUGCUCACGAGCGAACCGUCCGUUCCGCUCGCUCCGUCGUAAAUCCGUCGCAUUUCCGCGUUUGAAGCUGUUCCAGAUUUGACGGCCAUGGAAUACAUCAGCCAGGAGGUGGCCCCCGGCCCGAGUGCAAUCUCGAUGAAGAACAAAAUUUUGUGCUGCGAGUGCGGAACUCCGAUCGAGCCGAAUCCGUCGAAUAUGUGCGUGGCGUGUCUGCGGACGCACGUCGACAUUACGGCCAACAUUCCGAAGCAGGCGAUCGUGUUCUUCUGCCGGAACUGCGAGCGUUACCUGAAUCCGCCGAGCGAGUGGGUCCAGUGCAGUCUGGAGUCGAAGGAACUGCUGUCGGUUUGUUUGAAGCGGUUGAAGGGGCUGAAGGAGGUGAAGCUGGUGGAUGCGGGGUUUAUCUGGACGGAACCGCACUCGAAGCGUAUCAAGGUUAAGCUGACCGUGCAUGGGGAGGUCAUGGACGGGUGCGUGCUGCAGCAGGUCUUCGUGGUGGAGUUCACCGUGAACAAUCAGAUGUGCGACGAUUGUCACCGGACGGAGGCGAAGGACUUUUGGCGCUGCCUGGUCCAGGUGCGCCAGAAGUCGAUCAACAAGAAGACGCUGUUUUAUUUGGAGCAGAUGAUUUUGAAGCAUAAGGCGCACGAGAAUACGCUUGGGAUUAAGCCGUCUCCGUCCGGGGGAUUGGAUUUCUACUACGCGACCGACGCGCACGCCCGGAAGAUGGUUGAUUUUGUGCAGGCCGUCCUGCCGGUCAAGGUGACCAACUCCAAGAAGCUGAUUUCGCACGACAUUCACAGCAACUCGUACAAUUACAAGUAUUCGUACGCGCUGGACGUGGUCCCGAUUUCCAAGGGAAGUCUCGUCUGUCUGGGGAAGAAGCUGCAGACGAGCUUGGGGCACAUCUCGCCGAUCUGUCUGGUCACCAAAGUGGCCAACGCGAUUCACCUGAUCGAUCCGAGGACGGCGCAGAUGGCCGAGGUGCAGAACAUGGCCUUCUGGAAGAGUCCCUUCGAGGCGAUUUGCAACCCCAAGCACAUGGUGGAGUUUGUCGUGAUGGACGUGGAGAUUGUGCGCGACAACGAGAAGAAAAACUUCCCCGGCCAGGGCCCGGUCUCGUUCAGGCACGUCCUCGCCGACGUUUGGGUCGUCAAAGCGUCCGAGUUGGGUAUCAACGAGAACACAAUCCACACCCGGUCCCACCUGGGCCAUCUCCUCAAGGUGGGCGACUCCGUGCUCGGGUACGACCUGGCCGAGGCCAACAUCAACAACGGCAACUUUGAAAAGCUCAAACAGGACGCGAUUCCGGAGCUGCUGCUGGUCAAGAAGUACUACGACAAAUCCCAGCGCAAACAGUCCCGCAACUGGAAGCUCAAGCACCUCACCGAGGACGUCGCGCUGGACACGGACAUCGAGGCCGACUACAACGAGUUCCUCGAGGACCUGGAGGAGGAUCCGGAGAUGCGCCAGAACGUCAACAUCUUCAAGGACGCCGCCAGGCAGCAGUCGAUGCCGGUGGACGUCAACGAUAUGGCGGACCCGUCGGUGCCGCGCAUCACCCUGGAGGAGAUGCUCGACGAUCUGGUGCUGGACGAUGUCGAGAUGGGGGACGCAUAAAAACAAAUAUUUUCUUUUGUUACAAAAUAAAUUAUACCAUUUAUUGAGACACA